AUGGAAACGAUAUUCAGCGCUUCAGAAUUAGAUGGCCAGCAUCCGUUUGACGCGAUAAAGGUGCAAGUCUGCGAUGUCGUUCGCCGACUCGACGCUGCGCUUGGGCGUCCACCGUUUCCCAAUCCGUCCAUUGAGCCGUGCCGCGCACUCGCCCGGACACUAGUCGCCAUGCUGCGCCACGUGCACCAGAGGAAUCGCAUAGCAGCACUUUCGGCCUGCCCAGAGGUGAACAUGACUCUCCCUGUGCUCUGCGCCUCUCUGACAGGCGGGUCGGAGGGACGCAGGCCGUGCCCAAUGCUGAUGGAACUUCUCCUCGAGGCACUCAUGUACGUACAUGCUGUUUCCGCAUAUCCGCUACAUUCCACGUUGAAGGACGCGAAGGAAGUGUUGCCUCACUCACCUGUGACGUUUAGGUUCUUUGUUGUGACGGGCGCCAUUGAUGUGGACUCCAUGCGUUCAUUUUUCGGUAUGCCGCCAGCUCCAACGACAGAGCAGCAGGAACGGAAUCCUGCGACGAAAAGACGCCGAGUUACUGCGACAAAGAAGAAUACAGAGUCUGAGAAGACAAGUGCUGCGGAUGGUGAGGGGACGUUUGCCGUGCCAAGCGGCAUGCUUACCGCCGCGUUUGACGUGAUUCUUCCACCAGACUGCAUGAAGGUGCUAUUGUCACUAUUCAACAGUACGAGUAAGUUUCAGCAGGCCGUAGGAUGUGAUAGUGAACUGGCUGCGCGUGUUCUUGGAGUGUAUGGUGACCACCUCCUCCCAACCCUGCGUCCUACAUCGUUGCUUCGCUGUCUGGACGUAGCUGUACUAGAUUAUUUUGUUGACGUUGUGCAGAUGCACGGUGAGAAUAUGACGCUGCUCACGGAGUCUGUAUUCAUGCAGAUCCCAAUGGCGGAGUGGAACUCAGAGCGGCUUACCAAUCUUAUUCACUACUGUAUAGGGCGGAAGGUGCGUCGCGAAGAGGCCUUUGCGAGCCUUGUGGUGUACGUAUUUCUCUACAAGCUUCUAACAGCGUGGGAAACGCAAAGCUUGCCGUUGCUUUCUAUUGAAGAGGAGGCACAAUUGUGGAUUGCAUCGCUGCGGACGGCGCAAAUGGUGCCGUUCAGUACAGGCACUACGCCAACAGUGGAGGAGGAGCGUCUUAUCAAGCCGCUCAGCGUGCUUGCCGAGUGUGUCAGACGAAGGCACACAAUAAGCACGGUAACGGCGGCAGCGGCAGCUGCUGCUGCUGCUUCCACAGAGGCGCAUAAAUCUGUUGGAGGCAUUUUUCAUAUGCUUACUACCUCACUCGAUGCGAAAGUGAAUAUGGCACCCACCACCGCGGCUGGGGGAGGAACAAAGAGGAAAAAGGGAGGGAAGAAGAACGUCAAGAUUACUGUGCCACAGCAAGUUCAGCUGGCCUCGGUUGAUUCAAUGGACCACUACUGUAGGUGGAUUGCCGAGUCCCUCUGCUUGGUAUUGUGGCUGACGCCUCCUGUUGCAGGAAUGGAGGACUCAGAUGGUCCGUGGUGCAUUGUGGAGUCCCUAGCCACUUUGCUUAUUCCUUCUACAGAAAUUGCUCUACAACGGACCCCACAAGCCUCCACGUGGGAAAGCUUCUUGAAUUUCCUUCUGUCAGCUCUGUGCAUGCACGCGUCAACGAGCACUACAUCCUCCUUGGGACGGACGACCGCAGCGGCGCUUGUCGCUGCUGUACAGGCCACACACAGACUGGAGUGUUGCUGCAUCCUUACGCAGCGCAUGCCUGACGCCUACACAGCACUGUGGUGGCCGCUAAGUGGAUACAGGGUCGUCAUUGAGGCUUGGCUCAGUGGUUCUCCGAGUGUGGAUCGUUUCUAUGCACCUUUCCUAUCAGCUUCUCCUACGGAGUGUGUCGGGCUUCUCCUUAGUAUGAUGGAUGAGAAUCGUCUCAGGGAAUUGGUGUGUUUGUUGUUAGACGUAGAGCAGACCGCAAUGAUUCUUCUCCCUUCCCUGGAAAAGGCGGCACAGCAGAGAGAUCCCAGCAAUCCCGCAUCAGUGGACGGCUUUACACGACUGCACGCUCAGCUCUGCUGCGCUUUUGAGAACCGUGCCAAGGUGGUGGCAGAGCAGCAGCAGAAAAAAGAGGAGAGCAAAAAGGCUCAGCUUCUUUCUGCCGUGUGGCAGAAGAAAGAGCUUAUGGAAAAGGCCAACGCAUUUGAGAGAGAGGCGCAGAAGUUUCGAGUAGCGAAGGAGGAAGAGCAUGCACGCAUCCAGCAGAUAAGAGAAGAUCGGCAACGAGAAAAGGAGCAACGACGCGAACGUGAGCGUCGUGAGUGGCAAGAACGAAGGCAGAAGGCUCUCGCUCUCAUUCAAGAGAUGGCGGAAAAGACAAGGGUGGAGCGGCUUGCUGAGCAGCGGGAGAAACUUCUGCAGUACCGCGAGCGGGUAGCCUCGCUCUCGCGCAUGUCAUCUUUUCUCGAGGGGCUGCAGGUGGCCCCGUCAAGGAUCAUGAGCCUUCUGGCCGCGCUGCGCCCAUACCUGCAUCGCAUGACGCACGACGAGCUGCUGGAGUACGUGGUGACAGGCGACCGCGAGGUUCCCAGCGACAUGCGCGCAGCCGAUGAUGCGCCUCUCGGCGAAUGUACGAAGGAGCGAGCGGAGGAGACAGUUUAUUUCAGUGAUGAAGCCCCAUCUUUCUGGGAUGGCGUGAUGCAGUUGGUCGCGAAACAUUCGGGGGAAGCCAUCGGCAAUUCUCAUGUUGAGGUGGAAAAGGAGGAUGUGCCUUGCGUUCCUACCGGUGGCCCCUCCUUCCACAAGAGAGUGAGUGCGGCGCUUGAUCUGUUUGACUACUCGGUGGGAGCCGAUGCGUCGCUUCCCGAUCCGCUGCCAUCGGUGAACGUGCGCACUGCUUCUCGAAUGCUUGGGCGGGAGGUGCUUGCAAACACCGGUUUUGUGAAUGGACGCGAGGCACUGCUCGCGUGCCAGCAGCGUGGUCUCUGUGUCCUGCGCGAUGGUGUGUGCACGCUCACCCGCUUGGGCUUCCGCUACCACUUCCCAUUCCACGACCCGGAUCUGGUGCUGGACGUCCAGCUUGAGCGUCGCCGUAGAGAGGCAAGGAGAAAGUUGGCGGAAAUGCAGUUCCAUGAGGCUGGCGGGGAAGAAGAAGAAGAGGAUGAGGAGACCAUGUCGUCCGACACAGAUGGUGAUGAGGUUCGCUUUACCGAUGAGCCUGUUUGA